AUGAGUAUAUUUAACCAAAAAUCCAAAUUCAAAGUCAAGACCGAAGUGCGCAAGGUUAUCCAAGCAGUCGAGCCUGCGCCGAAAAAAACGGCGUCGAAGCCCGUGACAAAACCUACGUCGGUAGCCUCAUUGUCAUCACUCCCAGCCAGCACUAAUAACACGCCGCGCCCAUUGUCUAAGCCAUCCAAUGUCCCCGCUUCGUCGUCUGCAACCACUACAAAACCGGUCAAGCGCCUGCAUAGCUCCUCAUCGCCAGAGUCCGCGGUGCCCAAGAGUCAGAAGCGCAAGGUUGCCAUAGCAAGUGCCAAUGGGCGAAAGAGCCGAUCGCCAGCAGCUGUGAAACAAAGCCCUGCGUUUAGCGACUCCGAUUCUGAUUCAGAGGAAGAUGACUGGCGCGAUCGUUUGGACCCGACCCGGCGGCGGAAGCGGGCACGAACAGAGACCGAGGACCCUGACCGGCGAUUGCGACACCCGGCGCUAUGGUUGGGAAAUGCCGAAGCCGCUGAAGAAGAGCAAGACGAGAUGAAAUUUAUACACGCGGUCGAGGUCGCAUCAUUGCAGGAUAAAUGCGUGCCAGUGAUGGGGUUAGAGAGGUAUGAGGUCGACGUGGAGUUGCGAUAUCCUGGGGCGAAUGUCCUCGAAAAAUACCAGCUUGUCUGGGGUAAGGACAAGAUUGACGCAGCGGCCGAUAUUAUGAAAGUCGUGGAGCUCGUGGCGACAUGUUACCUCACCGAUGAACAAGCGCAGCCCUUCCUGGACCCUAACAACGGCAUCUACCGUCGAUUAGAAAAGAGCAAGAAUACAAACGACGGCAACGGCUUUAAGGCUGCACUCGAGGAUUACAACAAGCGGGUCCUGGCUCUUCAGAAGGCCGGCGUUUUUGCCAAGAACAUCGACUCGAUGCGUUUCGUACCUCGGGAACUGGUCGCCUUUAUUCUUGAUCAGGUCUAUGACAGAACCGUGGCUCCCAAAGUGGAGUUGCUUGCCAAGUAUGAAAAUGGCAGUGACAACGUUUAUGGCGAACUCCUCCAUCCUUUCAUUUCUGACAUUUUCGACCGGACCAGACUGACGUCGGACAUGGUAUUUGUCGACCUCGGUUCGGGUGUCGGCAAUGUUACGCUUCAGGCUGCACUUGAGAGGGGUUGCGAGAGCUGGGGCUGUGAGAUGAUGGAGAACGCGUGCAACCUAGCCGAUGCGCAGGAGAAAGAGUUUUUGGUUCGCUGUCGUCUAUGGGGUCUAGCGCCAGGCAAGGUCCGUUUGGAACGCGGUGACUUCCGGAAGAACGAGGCCACACUGGAGGCGCUCAAGCGGGCGGAUGUGGUUCUCGUGAACAACCAGGCGUUCACUUCCCAGCUCAACGACCAUCUUGUCAAUAUGUUCUUGGACCUGAAGGUUGGCUGCAAGAUCGUUUCACUCAAGACCUUUGUCCAUGAUAAUAAGAUCGCUGAGAACGAUGUUGCUUCGACCAUACUGGAGGUCGAACACCUGACAUAUCCAGAAGGCUAUGUCAGCUGGACGGCUGCACCGGGAACGUUCUGCAUCUCAACGAGGAAAUGA